AUGUCGAAAUUUUUCAAAGGCGCUGUGUCAAGUUCGGAUUCUUCCGGAAGUGAGAGUAGCGAUGAAGAACAAGUUAUUGCAAUUAAACGACCUCCAGUUGGAUUUGCUUAUCCAUCGGAUAGUGAAGAAGAAGGACAAAAACGCGUCGUUAAGGCCCACAAAGAUCGCAAGUUUGAAGAAUUAAAAGAUUUGAUAAAGCAAGCAAAAAAUUCGAGGAAUAUUAAAGAUAUGUCCAAGUUACUUUCAAGUAAUGCCGUGGAAGAAUUAUGGAAGGUUUUUGAAAAAACUAAAGCAGUUCUCUCUCGUCAAGGAAUAUCUACUCCACGCUUUUAUAUUCGAAUCCUUGUCGAAUUAGAAGAUUUUGUAAAUGAGCAGUGGGAAGACAAGGAUGCUCGCAAGGCAAUGUCAAAGGCUAAUUCGAAAGGCCUCACUACACUACGACAAAAAAUUCGUAAAUAUAAUAAAGAUAUGGAGGCGGAAGUAUCUGCAUAUCGAGCAGAACCUGAUCCAGUUGGUUAUUCCAGUGCAGAUGGUGAAGUGGAUGAAGAUGAACAAGAAGAGCAAGAAAUUGAAGAAGAAACUGUCAAAGGCAAAACUAAGAAGGACUUUGAUAUUGAUUCAGAUGAGUGGAGUUCAGAUACGCAGACAUCUUCUGAUAGUGAUUCAGAUUUAGACUUCGAAGGAAAACAAAUGGAAGAUUUACGCAAAUUUUUCCUCAAGAAGGAAUUCAAGGAAGGUGGUGAAACUGAAGGAAAGGAAAAGCGGCAGGCUGAAAGAGCGCAGAGACAAAAAGAACGUGAAGCAAAGGAAAAACUAGAAGAUGAUGAUGAUGAGGAAUGGGUUGCAAUUCCCACAAAAGAAGAAAAAAUGCGUCAGCUAUUUGAUCCGAAAACAGAAAUAACUCAUGAGGUUGUUACUAACAAAUUGCAUGAAAUUAUCGCAGCACGAGGGAAGAAAGCAACCAAUCGUAAACAUCAUGUGCGAAAUCUGCAAGAACUUUUCAGGAUUGCUGAUGAGAACAAGCUUGGUCCAGGACUUCUUGUAAAAAUCUUAUUUUCCAUUAUCUCCGCUCUGUUUGAACUGAAUACGAGAAUUAGCGAUUAUAUGGAAUAUUCUUCAUGGACAAAGACACUUGGUGCUACCAAUAGUCUCUUAGAUCUUUUGAAAGCAUAUCCUGAAGUCAUACUUUCCGUUACGUUAAACGAAGAUGAUGAAAAUAUUAGCGAUCCUACUCAGAAUUAUCGUGUUCACGGUUCUAUCCUCAUGAGUGUGCAACGUUUGGAUACUGAAUUGACAAAGGUUUUGCAAAAUGCGGACUGUCAUAGCAAUGAUUAUAUUGAAAAGCUUAAAGGUGAAAAGGACCUAUGUGCUCUUAUAGAAAAGGCAAUGGAUUAUAUGCAUGGGUUAUAUAAGGAUAAAGGAAUAUUUUUAGAUGAAGAAAUUUGCAAAUUAUAUAUGUUGCGGAUCGAACAUGUUUAUUAUAAGUAUGAAUCAGAAGAUUCUAUUGAGCCAGGUCAAGAAUCAUCUAUAGAUCUGAUGGAACGCCUUUGCAAAGAAGUUUAUAGUCGUGAUGAAACGAAGAGACUGCGCCAGCGCGCUAUGCUUUGUCAAAUUUAUCAUCUUGCUCUGCAUGACAAGUGGCAUCAGGCUCGCGAUCUUAUGCUCAUGUCACACUUACAAUCCACCGUGGAUCACUCGGAUAUGAGUACUCAGAUAUUGUACAAUCGGACAAUUUGUCAGCUAGGAUUAUGUGCUUUUCGACAUGGUUAUAUCAAAGAAGCUCAUCAGGGUUUAUCAGAAAUUCAAAAUACCCAAAGAGCCAAAGAAUUGCUUGCACAAGGCGUGACACUCAGACAACAAGAGCGAACGCCUGAGCAGGAAAAGGUGGAACGAGCUCGUCAAGUUCCAUAUCAUAUGCAUAUUAAUGUUGAACUUAUGGAAUGCGUUUAUUUGAUAUGUUCUAUGCUACUCGAAAUACCCCAUAUGGCAUCACAAGAAUAUGAAUUGCGUAGACGGCUUCUUUCACGCUCAUUUCAUUAUCAGCUGAAGCAGUCCGAAAAAUGCUCAUUGAUUGGUCCUCCUGAGAAUACACGUGAGCAUGUAGUGGCCGCAUCUAGAGCAAUGCUUAAUGGUGACUGGAAAAAAUGUCGAGAUUAUAUUGUUAAUGAUAAAAUGAAUUCGAAGGUAUGGAAUUUAUUCCGAAAUUCAGAGAAAGUGAAAUCAAUGAUUAUUGGUCGUAUUCAAGAGGAAUCAUUGCGUACUUAUCUUUUAAUGUAUUCAACGGUUUACACGACCGUUUCUCUGGAUUUUUUGUCUAAGUUAUUUGAACUGGAUAAAAAAAUGGUGCAUUCUAUUAUAAGCAAAAUGAUUAUUUCUGAAGAAUUAACCGCAAGUUUGGAUGAACCAACAGAUUCUCUUAUAAUGCAUCGAGUUGAACCAAGCCGUUUACAACUCCUUGCUUUACAUUUAACCGAUAAACUCUCCCAGCUUGCCGACAGUAAUGAGCAGGUUCUUGAGCCUCGUGCCGGUAGGAAUUAUACAGGUCCAAGCGUUUGGUACGGUCUUCGUCAGGAACGUUUAUCUGCUGAACAGCAGCUGCGCAUAGCUCGAACGUUUCAGAAUGAUAGGCGUGAUCGGCAAGAAUCGAUAAGUAAAGGUCGAUGGAGUACGAAUGUGCAAAAUAGACGUCGUGUGCCUGAAUUACGAACGCGUUAUUAA